ACUAAUAACCACAUGGCAGUGAGUGCAGGGCUCAGCUCUCGGCUAAAGAGCUUAUGUCCCUAAAUCACAGUACAAGGAUGUGAUUGGUAGAAUCCUUGGGAUGGAGAUAGGAUUGGGAGAAAAAGUAAAAGAGAGCCCCCAAAGAUAGACGAUGUCACAGUCAUCUGGAUCAGGGGAUGGGAGUGAUGAUGGAGCUGUCGAAGAAGGCACUGGUUUUUCUUCCCCCAAUCCCUCAGCUGCUGCUGCUGCUCAGGAGAUCAGAUCUGCCACUGAUGGUAAUACCAGCACCACUCCGCCCACCUCUGCCAAGAAGAGAAAGUUAAACAGCAGCAGCAGCAGUAGCGGCAGUAACAGUAGUAACGAGAGAGAAGACUUUGAUUCCACCUCUUCCUCCUCUUCCACUCCUCCUUUACAACCCAGGGAUUCGGCAUCCCCUUCAACCUCGUCCUUCUCCUGCCUGGGGGUUUCAGUGGCUGCUCCCAGCCACGUACCAAUACAGAAGAAGCUGCGUUUUGAAGACACCCUGGAGUUUGUAGGGUUUGAUGCGAAGAUGGCUGAGGAAUCCUCCUCCUCCUCCUCCUCAUCUUCACCAACUGCUGCAACAUCUCAGCAGCAGCAACUUAAAAAUAAGAGUAUAUUAAUCUCUUCUGUGGCUUCGGUGCAUCACGCAAACGGCCUAGCCAAAUCUUCUACCACCGUCUCUAGCUUUGCUAACAGCAAGCCUGGCUCUGCUAAGAAGUUAGUGAUCAAGAACUUUAAAGAUAAGCCUAAAUUACCAGAAAACUACACAGAUGAAACAUGGCAGAAACUAAAAGAAGCAGUGGAAGCUAUCCAGAAUAGUACUUCAAUUAAGUACAAUUUAGAGGAACUCUAUCAGGCUGUGGAAAAUCUCUGUUCUUACAAGAUUUCUGCUAACUUGUACAAACAGCUGAGACAGAUUUGUGAAGAUCACAUCAAAGCACAAAUUCAUCAGUUCAGAGAAGAUUCAUUGGAUAGUGUUCUUUUUCUAAAGAAGAUCGAUAGAUGUUGGCAAAACCACUGCAGACAAAUGAUAAUGAUCAGAAGCAUUUUUUUGUUUCUGGAUAGGACUUACGUUCUUCAGAAUUCAAUGCUACCCUCCAUUUGGGACAUGGGACUGGAGUUAUUCAGAGCUCAUAUUAUUAGUGAUCAGAAAGUCCAGAAUAAGACAAUUGAUGGCAUUCUUCUUUUGAUUGAGAGGGAAAGGAAUGGUGAAGCAAUUGAUAGAAGUUUACUCCGAAGCCUUUUAAGCAUGCUCUCUGAUUUGCAAAUUUAUCAGGAUUCUUUUGAACAACGAUUUUUGGAAGAAACUAACCGACUCUAUGCAGCUGAAGGCCAAAAAUUAAUGCAGGAAAGAGAGGUUCCUGAAUAUCUUCAUCAUGUUAACAAACGUCUAGAAGAAGAAGCAGACAGACUUAUUACUUACUUAGAUCAGACCACCCAGAAGUCAUUAAUUGCUACUGUAGAGAAACAACUUCUAGGUGAACACUUAACAGCAAUUCUUCAGAAAGGUUUAAAUAAUCUCCUUGAUGAAAACCGAAUUCAAGAUUUAUCUCUCCUAUAUCAACUCUUCAGUAGAGUUCGAGGAGGCGUUCAGGUUCUCUUGCAACAGUGGAUUGAAUACAUUAAGGCAUUUGGUAGCACUAUUGUAAUUAAUCCUGAAAAGGAUAAAACCAUGGUUCAAGAAUUACUGGAUUUUAAAGAUAAGGUUGACCAUAUAAUUGAUAUCUGUUUUCUGAAGAAUGAAAAAUUUAUCAACGCCAUGAAAGAAGCAUUUGAAACAUUUAUUAACAAAAGACCAAACAAACCUGCUGAACUUAUAGCUAAGUAUGUAGAUUCAAAGCUUCGUGCAGGAAACAAAGAAGCUACAGAUGAAGAACUUGAGAAAAUGUUGGAUAAGAUUAUGAUUAUAUUUAGAUUUAUCUAUGGCAAGGAUGUUUUUGAGGCCUUCUAUAAGAAAGAUUUAGCCAAGCGCCUUUUAGUUGGAAAGAGUGCAUCUGUAGAUGCUGAAAAAUCAAUGCUGUCCAAACUUAAGCAUGAAUGUGGAGCUGCUUUCACCAGCAAACUUGAAGGAAUGUUUAAAGACAUGGAACUUUCUAAAGACAUCAUGAUUCAAUUCAAACAGGUAAAAUAUAUGCAGAACCAGAACGUACCUGGGAAUAUUGAAUUAACUGUGAAUAUCCUAACAAUGGGUUAUUGGCCAACAUAUGUGCCUAUGGAAGUCCAUUUACCACCAGAGAUGGUAAAACUUCAGGAGAUUUUCAAGACAUUUUACCUAGGUAAACAUAGUGGCAGGAAACUUCAGUGGCAAUCAACCCUAGGACAUUGUGUGCUAAAGGCAGAAUUUAAGGAGGGUAAAAAAGAACUCCAGGUCUCUCUUUUUCAAACACUGGUGCUGCUAAUGUUUAAUGAGGGAGAGGAGUUCAGUUUAGAAGAGAUCAAGCAGGCUACUGGAAUAGAGGAUGGAGAGUUAAGGAGAACACUGCAGUCAUUGGCCUGUGGCAAAGCUAGAGUUCUGGCAAAAAAUCCAAAGGGUAAAGAUAUCGAAGAUGGUGACAAGUUCAUUUGUAAUGAUGAUUUCAAGCACAAACUUUUCAGGAUAAAGAUCAAUCAAAUUCAGAUGAAAGAAACGGUUGAGGAACAAGCAAGCACUACAGAAAGAGUAUUUCAAGACAGACAGUAUCAAAUUGAUGCUGCAAUUGUUCGAAUUAUGAAGAUGAGAAAGACACUUAGCCACAAUCUCCUUGUUUCAGAAGUGUACAACCAGUUGAAAUUUCCAGUAAAGCCUGCUGAUCUUAAGAAGAGAAUAGAAUCCUUAAUUGACCGGGACUACAUGGAAAGAGAUAAAGAAAACCCAAACCAGUACAAUUAUAUUGCAUAAAAUGGCCUUGAAGCAUUUGGUGUCACAUGCAGUAGCCAGUGGAUAAACUAACCUGUUAUUAUUUGACUUCUUUUAUACUACCAAUGACCAAAUGAAGCAGUGUAAUGGAAAUAGUUGAGUGACUUUUCAGUGGUUAACAUGCCCAUUUAAAGAGUAAUACUUACCUUUAAGAAGAAUGUUGUUGAACUCUUUGCAUGUUAUUUAGUAUGAUGUGCAGGAAAUUCUUAAGAAAGUACCUGGUCUUCAUGAUUCCUGUUUGGAACUGGGGAAGAGGUCCCUAUGGCUAUUAAAAAAGGAGGAGGGGGGGUUCUUGUACACCAUUAAUUAUGAAGCAAACGGUUUAUUUGCUUAAAAUGUCAUUUAAAGAUACUUAAACUGCAUGCAAACUUUAUUUACUGUACAGAGUUCUGGAUGUAUUUAUCAAAUAGAAAAACCACCCUGGACUUGGUUGUUCACCUGUUUUGUGAUUUCCCUUGAAGAGAAAAAUAAGUUGUCAUCGCUGUUGGUAUUUUACUAAGUAAUGUUCUGUUACACUGAAAGGGAUGUUUUUUAAAAAGUUUAUUUGGAAACAAAUUUUCAAGUAGAGGGACAGUUGCUUACAUAAUCUCUUGUAAAUACACAUCCUAAAAUGUUACAGUUAUGACUAUGGGAUGUGUGUAUAUGGCUCAGCCCUGAGUUUACUGUGCUGAUUAACAGGUACUUAUAAAAAUAGCUGAAAUGGAAAAUUGCUGAUCAGUUGUACUAGAAGAACAUGGUAGGAAAGAAAAAUCAAACUCUUCAUAUUAAAAAUGAAUACAAUAUGAACAUCAUAAAAGAGACCAAAACCCACAUGUUUAUAACUUUUUACAAGAGCAAAAAUUCAUAAACUAGUUUUCAACUUCCUUUAGACUUUAACGUUGCUUGGAGAGUUUUGUCUUUAACUUGGACCAAUUGUAGAUUGUUGCAGGCAUCCUGGGAUUUAGCAUUCCUAUUUUCUCUACCAAAGUUUUUUUUAAAAGCACCCCAGCUCUCCAUUUUGUUGGCAUAUAAGCCUUUUCCUAUCAUCCUUAUUUUAAUUUCCCAGACCCCUAGAUAGAACUAGAUCCUCCCUCAUCUCCCCUAUACACUCCCUAGUUGGGAAUUUCAAAUUCUGUAUUAUGCUGAUCAUAUUCCUUUCAAAAUUGCUUGAAGAGUUCUCUCAUAGCCACUGGACACCUACUUUUAAGGGGGAAUGUCCUAGGAUUGUUCAUACAUAGAAAAUAGCAAGAGUAUUGUUUUUCAAAUCGAUAAUGUGAGUAAAAGGCUUCUCUUUGCCAUCAGUGGUUUUUUUGUUUUUGUGUUUUGUUUUGGGAGGGUUUUGUUUUUGCUUCCUUGUUUGUUUUUCCUUGAAGCUUUGAAGGGAAUUGAUCUUGGAGGAGAAGCAAAUUUUUUUCAAUAUUUUUUUAAUCAGAACUACUUUAAUGCUUUUUGCAACAGUGUAUAUCCUUGACUAUUUGAGCCUUUAAGAAUACCUAGGUCAAAACCCUCUAGUGAGGAGACUUUUGGCUCUUGUGUUUGCUACUGAUUGUCUUCUUGAGUUCUCAAAGACCAAUGACCAGCUAUUAUUUUUUAAAAGUUGCCUGUUUUCUUUGUAAUUGCAUCAACUUGCACACUGUUGUCUAACAAUAUGUGGUAUUUAGAAUGCCUUCCUAAUUAUUUUUGAACGGCCGUUGCCUGUAUCUUUUUAGUUCUUCCCUGGUUUCCUUACGUGAGCUCAUCUGACAAGGAAAUGCAACUCUUUUGUUUGUCCUCUCCAUACUAGACCAUCUAUGUCAGUGUUCUAACUCAUCCCUGAUGGUCUCUGAGAUACAUAGACUAUUCCACCAGACUCCAUGGUUACUCUUAAGGAAUUUUUAGGUAAAAUUGGUCCUAUUAGGAGACUCUUGGUAUCGUCUUUGUUAUCUUGAAAGCUGGUCCCUUCCCUGAGGCUCUUAAUUUUUUGAAAACUUGAUACUAUUUCAGCUGAAAAAAUUGGCAAGACUAAAACACAACUUGAGGGGAGCUGUUUAAGAAAUUAAAAAGUAAUCACAAACAACAUUGGGUAAUUGUGACUUUCAGUUCUGUAUCAGUUGAAUUUUUGUGCUCUUUUCCCUGUGUACGUGGUGGUUCUAUUUUUCUCCAAUAAAACUUUUAUUUAAAAAAA